AUUCUAGGUGUAGCAGAUGAUGUACAUUAUAGUGCUGAUUUAGGACCAUCAAUUGCACCUUCUUUACCUCUUCCUGAUUUACCAACUAUUGUGCCAGAAAGUCCCUUGGAAUCGCAUCAUCCACCUCCACCUCUACCACUUGGUUCUUUUGAAACAUCAUCAGUAACCAAACAGUUGGCACCCCCACCCCCACCACCACCACCUCCGCCAGCUCCUCCGGAUGCAUCAGUCCCAGCAGGACUGCCGCCACCACCACCUCCUCCUCCACCUCCACCUCCACCUGCUCCAACAGAAGCUACAGAAAAUGAUAAUUUAUCACAAGGCCCUCAAGAAUCGAAACAACUUGUCAAUGGGGUUCCAGAGGCAGUGAAGAAUCCUGGAGAUGCAAGAGCAAAUCUCUUGGAAUCCAUACGUCAAGCAGGUGGAAAAACAAAGUUAAAAAGUGUCAAAGAAAGAAAAAUCGAAGUAAAGAAAAAGAAACAGGAAGAAAAAGCUGGUGCAAGUUCAGGUGAUUUAAUGGUUGAUUUAUUCAAUAAAUUACAAAUGAGAAGAAAAGGAAUAUCUGGCCGUACAAACAGUGUGAAUGAAGGUGGCCAAGAUCAGGCAGCACCUCCAGCUACCAGUCCCAUGGAGAGAGUACUAAAUAUGAUACCACCUCCAUCUAAUACGGCAGAAUCUACGUACACAGAUGACGAUGAAUGGGAUUAACAAAUGUACACAACUUCAGAGUUUGUAUUAUAUAUAUAUAUAAUUUGAAUGAUAAGCACAUCUAGAGUUUUUGAUAAUAUUAAAAGAAAUGUUGAUGUAAA